UUUUAUUUGAGCGUCGAGCUAGAUACAUCCCAAUCAACGAUUGUUGUAGAUCUGCAAACGCUCUAUCUAGAAAGGGAACGCUCAACUAUGGAUAAACCUUAUAUCAAACAAGCUUUCGACGUGUUAACCAGUGAAGCCAAAGAUCUAUUUCUGGGAACGAGCAUUCCCGAAACAUUCGGUACACCGACGUCACUAGAGUUUGUCCGGGACAAUGUGGCCAGAAACAUGCCACUAAUCAUACGGGAAGCAAACAACGAUUGGCCAGCUGUGGAGAAGUGGAACUCCAAGUACUUAAGAGAAACGUUCGCGCACAAGGAAGUCACGGUUGCCAUCACACCCAAUGGUUACGCGGAUGGAUUAGCCCAACAUAAUGGAGAAGAUUUUUUCGUACUACCCCUCGAGGUCCCGAUGGCAAUGGGAGAAUUUCUAGAUACGCUGGAUCGCAAAGAUGAUAGGAUAUUGUACAUUCAACGACAAAAUUCCAACCUCACGGAGGAUUUCCAAGAGCUGUGGCAAGAUGUGGAUACCGAAAGGUUGAAAUUUGCGGAAGAGGCCUUCAAUAAACAACCGGAUGCCAUUAAUUUCUGGAUGGGAGACGAUCGUGCUAUUACGUCUAUGCAUAAAGAUCCUUACGAGAAUAUCUAUUGCGUUAUAUCCGGCUACAAAGACUUUAUCCUAAUACCACCGGUCGAUUUGCAUAACGUGCCAAGACAGAAAUAUCCCAUGGGCAUCUACAUGCAGGACGAUGAUGGAAGCAUAGUGGUGGAACCGAUUUUGGACGAAAUAGGCAAACCUCGAUUGAUCGAAUGGGUUAGCAUCGAUCCGUUGGAACCGGAUCUGGACAAGCAUCCACAAUACGUCAACGUAACUGCCUACGAGGUUCGGGUCAAUGCAGGUGAUAUGCUAUACCUGCCCAGUCUUUGGUAUCACCAUGUACGGCAGAGCCACAAAUGCAUUGCCGUUAACUUUUGGUACGAUAUGGACUACGAUGCCCGCUACUGCUACUAUAAAAUGAUGGAAAAAAUAUGCGGCUACGGUGAGAAUGAGGAUGAAAAUUGAGGAAAGUUGUG